ACACCUCCAUGUAUUUGAAUGAUAGUGUGAUCAAUGAUUAUUUUAAGUUAAUCGAAAAUCAAAAUCCGAGCGUUUAUUGCUUUGAUACCUAUUUUUAUGAGCGAUUUGGGAAAUCUAAAUACAAAUCAGUAGAGCGUUGGACAAAAAAUAUCAAUAUUUUUUCUAAAAGAAAAGUAUUUUUUCCUAUCAAUAUUACAAGAAAAAACUUCAAACACUGGUUACUAAUAAUGGCCGAUUUGGAGAAAAAACAGGUCAUAUAUUAUGAUAGUCUUGUAAAUCAUUACGAACCCGAAAUUCAUAUAAAUAUAUUAGAAUACUUAGAGCAGGAGCAUGAAAGAAAGUUGGGUAAUCCUCUACCUUUACAAGAAUGGGAAAUUGUAAAAGGUUGUAACCCCGUUCAGUCUAACGGAAGGGACUGCGGGGUUUUCGUGUGCGUAAUUGCGGAGUAUCUCGCUAGAGAUGCUUCGUUUAAUUUUAAUCAAAGCAAUAUGGCAUCUUUUAGAGCAUUAAUUUUAUAUGAACUGUUAAACCAACAACUCGUUACAGUAGAUGUUGACGAAGAUUUUAUUGAAGGAGAAAUUUAUCGUAUAGUUGAUAAUUCUUGA